AUGAGCAGCAGCAAAGUCUCUGCUGCUGCUGCUGUUGCUUCUGUAUCCCCUGCCUGUGUAGACGUUGUUGCUGCUGCUGCUGCUGCUGCAGGUGCUGCAGCAGCAGCAGCAGCAGCAGCAGCAGACACGCAGCAAAUAGCAGCUUCUCUACAAGAAGCAGGCAGCCGCAUAACAAGAGGCAGAGAAAGAGGAGAGGGGACAGAGGGACAGAAGAAGAGACCCAGCAGCAGCGAGGCAAAGGCAGAGCUGAGGAGACACCUGAAACAGCAGCAAAAGGAGACACAUGAGGCCCCACACAAACUCAGCAGCAGCAGCAACAGACAAACAGCAACAUAA